UUUCACAAGCGCCGUGAAAGUUGAGAGCGUGGUAAAUAGGGAGGUGAAUUCCACGGGUGAUUGCCAGAUAGGCUGGGGAGCGGAUCACAUGUAAUCGCCCAGUCGAUCACAGGACACUUCCUCCGAUCGAACAGUCCGCUCUAUCAGCUGGGCUUUCUCACCGAACGAAUGGGGUCACACGCGAGUUAAGAACUAGCAACAGAAAAAUAUACAACUUUAUUUGAACACUGUCGAUUUGGCACGAACAAUCCAGAUAUGGACGAACAGAAGACAGACAGACCAGGUGAACGAUUUGUGCUUGUAUUCAGAUAACGCGGGUUGCAGCUAUACCUGUGCGGACAGACACUGACGCCUAGCGAUUGUCAGUUGAAUUCCUGACGCUGUGUAUAUGUAAGAUGUGAAUACUCCAUUAAUUGGAGCAGGUGUUUUCAUUCCCAUGGGAAGGGGAGCCUUGUCCAGUGAAAGUGGAAGGCUAUGUCCGACUGGACGGGUCGGCGGACACCCAAGAAAGUAGUUCUCCUUGACACCCAGAGGUACCUUCCUGACCUCAGCAGGGAUCAAUCUCCUUUAUCAAGAACCAUGGUGUCCAGCGAGGACUCCGACAAACGCCCCAGAAACAAGGAGAAGGCCAGACGCAACUUAGUUGACACCCUCUCCGCCAAAAGACCAGUGAUGGUGUCGCGAUCUCGGAGUGUGUCGUACUCGUGUACUGAGAGGAAGAUUCCGUCUGCGCUGAGACAGUCCGGCCCGGACAUUUCCAUACGGAAAAAAGACUUGAUAGGAUUACAGUACGACCCAAGGCAACGUCACAGCACGAUGUCCAGAACAGAUGAUGACUGUGAAGACAUUGACGGGAGUUUGGAUUCACCCAACUUGGAACUACUACAUGGUUUUAAUUCCAGGAUUUCUAAAUCUUCUAGUCAGGACAAGAGUGGUGUUAACCUACCGGAGCUUAUACACGACCUUAAUACAAGUUUAUUGUAUUCUCAUAAAAAGGACGAUAGUGCUUCUUUAUCAUCCUCGGAUGGUGUGAUAUACAACGGGGAGGAUAUAAUGCAGACAUUAUCACACAUGUGGGAUAAGUCCAAGAAGAGCAAGGAGAACAAGAGUCAGAAGUGGAUGAAACAUAGACCCCUGACACCAGGUGUCAUUGAGGAGCUGGAUAAGAUGAAGGUUCCGUCGAGGACACGCACGGAGCAGUGGGUGAAGCAGAUACCGACCGAAAAACGAGCCUACCACAGCCCACUAUACCGACUCGGUAACGUCGCUAGGGAGGAUACCGUCCCUACACCGGCAGCGUAUGAGACUUGGAUUUACGAGGAAGGGAGGAAAUCUGCGGUGGGAUCUAGGAGGCUUAGAAAAACAUGACAAAGUUAAGUCAUCAGUGUCCAUGAUAGUAUUGUAGAAAUACCUUAUACCACAACACAUUAAGUCAAUGUAUCAAAACGAGUAUCAUGUUUCCAUGUAAUGAGACCACCAGCCCCUUCCUGUCCAAAGGAUUUGGGGUCUUUUUAAAAGGGUAUUCGGGACUCGACAGUUGGCUCUUAUCUAAUCGUUGACUUUCGCCGAGCGACACACGCUUUAAGUCCAAGUAUUGCUAGUAUGUGCACAUACCUCAAUGCAGAAGAAUAGGGCGGUGGGGUAGCCUAGUGGUUAAAGCGUUCGCUCGUCACGCCGAAGACCCGGGUUCGAAUCCCCAUCUAUGUACAAUGUGUGUAGCCCAUUUCUGGUGUCACCCGUCGUGAUAUUGCUGGGAUAUUGCUAAAGGCGGUUUAAAACCAUACUCACUCACUUAGAAAUGCAGAACACCAUUCGAAUAUAUUUCUGAUUUAAAUUCAACACAGUAACAUACGAAUCGGAAACCAAAUUGACCGAUGGCAAUAGCUGUAACAAUUGGUCCAACUGUUUGUGUACGAUUCUGCAAAACCACUGUAAAAUUAUUAUGGUUGUAAAAUUCAAAUCACCUUUGAACCAGAAUUUCUUGUACGCAAUAUUGUACGUCAACAAGUCAACCACAAUGUGUCGUGUAACGUCUGUGUUUUAUUACCACCCAUUGUGACUAGUCGUGUGGAAAGGUUUAGAUGAACAGAUAGUCCGGUUCUGUUCUGUCAGCGCGCGUCACUGUUGUCAUUGUUGUUGUAAUGGUUCACAAUAGAACCGCUCCAUACAGGGUGUAUAUGUGGGUAGUUAUGUAAUGUUAUACCUUUCACUGACUGUCCUUGCCCUAUGUUGUAAAUGUUAUGUGUUAUACAUUAUAAACAUUAUGUAACAUUAUGUAACUGUAUGCCCAUGUUUAUGUGUGUAUUCUUAAACGUGACCUAUUCAGACUCACAAUGAGGCAAAUGAAAUUAUCGCCGUAUUACAAUGGUUGUUGUCAAUAUGUCUUAUAAUGGAAUCACUAUUUACUCCCACAUAUGUUUAUUCUUGUUUUACUGACAAUUUACUCAAUAUUUAAGUACAAAAAAUAAUUAAAACAUUUUAAGUAAAACUAUGAUGAAAAAUAUUUUUGUAUUUUUUUCUUUUCAAAAAUGCUUUCUUCAAAGCAGGACGAUGCUCCUCUGCCUGCUGCCAAUUUUCAGUCAUGUAUCAGAUCUUGUAGUUGAUGUUAAAUUGAUCUAAACGUUACCAAGCUGAAAACAGACUAAACACUGGAACCUUAAGUUCCAAAAGAACAACUUUUUUAUUUUAUUUUACCCUCGAAUCAAAUACAUGACCAUCGAUUAAACCCUUUUUGUGUUUCAUUUUUAGGCAUAAUCAACAUGAGUGUGUGUCUUCUUUUGUCCAACAGUUUAUGACCAGAAUAGCUUUAGAAGCAGCACCCAAAAUUGUUCUGUUUUAAUGAGCCGAAGAAUAGUUUACUAAAUUCUCGUCAUAUACUAACCUAGACAGUUUAGGGGACAUAUUGCCAUCUUUGAAGACACGGUUUGUAUCUUGCUUGACGUCACUGUGUAAACGUAGCAAUCUUAAACGGCAUUUUAAACCCGAAUAGGCUCAGCUUGGUAGACCGACCAAGACAAUGUAAACUCUCCGGUAAAAGACAGACUGACUGACUGAGUUUGGUUUUACGCCGCUUUUAGCAAUAUUCCAGCAACAUCACGGCGGGGGACACCAGAAAUGGGCUUCACACAUUGAAACCAUGUGGGUAUUCGAACCCGGGUCUUCGGCGUGACGAACCAACGGUUUAAGCACUAGGUUACCCCACCGCUCCUCUCCGGUAAAAUAUAUUUCACACCAGGCAAUUGGAUUGGACAAAAUAUUACACACCUUAUUAAAACGUUACUACACUGUACACAGCCGCCGAAACCCUGCAACACUCAUGUAGGAUAUCCGUAUAAACAACAUCGUCAUCGAUUGAUCAUCUUUCAUUUUUGUUCGUGUGCUAGUCAGCCACUAUCAAGCAUAGGCGUACUGCUCUUUUGCUCAGAUAUAUGCGCCUAGCUAAUGUUAAACUUAGAAUAAAAGUAUGACCAAAUGUCCAAAGAAAAGGUUCUUUUGCUACUGUCGUGUAACUAAAUGUAUGUUGUGUCAUGAUCAAACACCCAGGAUGGUAAUUAGCUAUCAUGUUAACUACGAUAUGUCUUGAUCAAACCGAAAUGGAAUGCGGUUAUUAACGACCAUGUUAUAUGUAUGUUAUAAUAUGAUGAAACCGAAAUGACAUACGGUAAUUAUCGACCAUGAUAUGUGCAUGUUAUGAUGAAACCGAAAUGACAUACGGUAAUUAUCGACCAUGAUAUGUGUAUGUUAUGAUGAAACCGAAAUGACAUACGGUAAUUAUCGACCAUGAUAUGUGCAUGUUAUGAUGAAACCGAAAUGACAUACGGUAAUUAUCGACCAUGAUAUGUGCAUGUUAUGAUCAAACGGAAAUGACAUACCGAAUUUAUCGACCAUGAUAUGUGUACGUUAUGAUCUAACCAAAAUGACAUACGGUCAUUAGCCACCAGCUUCAUAACUAGAUCAGUUUGGGUUCCCGAAACACUGGCUUGUAUUUCCCAUGAUGAGACCCGGUACAUGCUAGGAUGGACGUUAAUGUUGAACUUUGUGUCUAGUAGAUUUAGAAAUGUUGAGAGGACAUUAUGCUCGUGCAGUAGAGGGAGACAAUGAAGAAGAUGAGAGAGACCAAUAUAUAGCCAAUAGCGACGAGAACCAGUUGUGGAAAUAAAUAUCAUAAAUCAAAGAUAUAUAGAGAAGCAUUAACAUUAUCAGCAAGUAAUAAUAUAUACGUGUUUAUAACUGUUUCAAAAUCACCCCCGAGCUAUCCCACUUAUAAUGAUGCAGCGUUAAUACUGGGUUUGGUUUCAUACGAUAUCUGCUAUUCAGUCGAGACAGACAAACCAGAAAUAUAAAUGUAUUUUCCCCGACUUAUACUGGAUGUAUAACACUUAGGAGCCACAGAAAUCUUGACCCGACUUUUACUGUAUGUAUAACACUUAGGAGCCACAGAAAUCUUGACCCGACUUUUACUGGAUGUAUAACACUUAGGAGCCACAGAAAUCUUGACCCGACUUUUACUGGAUGUAUAACACUUAGGAGCCACAGAAAUCUUGACCCGACUUUUACUGUAUGCAUAACACUUAGGAGCCACAGACUCUUGACCACAGACUGCACCAAUCCUUUACCGGGCACUGAACAUGCUAGCAGUGUGGCACUGUAGGAAAAUGUCUUUGGAACCUUUCUCAGGAAUUCUUCUUCACAUGUUGUAGCCUAGUUAACACCGUCUGCUAUGUGACACAGCCAUUUUAAUAGUUCAUGACAUAUAAAACUACUCUUACAAUAGAAACGUUGAAUUGUAUGAACUUAUUUGAAAGGGUUGAAAAUCGAAGGUUUAAAGGACUCCCAAAGCUUUCCUUGUCUGCCUUUCAUUUGCCAUAUGCCUAACGCCUCGUAUAUUAAUACACUCACUGAGCCGGGAUCGGCAUCCUUCUGAACCAUACACCUAUUUCAGGUACAUUUUCCAAUAUGCUGACAAAUUAUGCGAAUGUUUCUCAGGUAACUGUGUCUUAUAUAACAUGAUCAUCAAUAAAAUUGACAGUUACUGAAUGAA